AUGGCAUUUGAAAUGAUUAAUAUCCUUGAUCCAGUCCACUGUUACUUUGCUUUCAGUGAAGGGAGAAGUACUUGUCUUACAAGUGGCUGUGGCGUAGCCAUUAAAGGAAAGAACAUUACCAAUCUAAAAUAUCAUUUGAGGGAAAAACAUUCAAAGGAAUAUGUUACCAUGUUGUCUAAAUGUAAUGAAAGAGACAAUAAGAUUCAAAAGUUUUUCGAAUUCAAUGACAAAAUUGGAAAAAGCAAGUGCAAAAUCUGUGGGGUUUUUUUCAAAGGAAAUAAAUGUGUGGUUUUGAAAAUCCAUUUUAAUAAACACCUUAAAGAGAAGCAUGGGUUAAAUGCUGUUGAGUCCAUCCCACAACUCAGAAAUUCUUCAGCACGGGUAGAAAAUGCCAAUUCACCAGAGCAAUCAAAUUCGAUUCAACCAAAACCUUCUAAAACAUCAAAGAAGAGACAAAAACUAACUGCAAGUAAUGUUACAUCGCCGCUGUUAAAAGAACCUUUUAAGGAAGGAUGGAAACGCGAGAUUGUCUAUCGUACGAACUCUAAUUCAAAAAUACUUUGUGAUGUCUACUACCAUUCACCAGAAGGAAAAAAACUUCGGUCAGGACCAGAGAUAUCAAACCAUUUGAAUGAAAUAAGCAGCAGGCUUACAUUAGAACAUUUUACGUUCUUUAGAGAUCUCAUUGGAGUUGGUAGCCAGGAGAUUGUGCGUAAGGCUAAUCCAAAAUCAUACAGACUUUCGAAUGCCAAAACAGCGAAACUCUCUGUUGAUACGAAGAAGAAAUUUCGAGCUCAAACAAGCAAACUUCGACGAAACGCCAAUAAGAAAAAAGCGCUCAAGGCCCAAGAAGAAAAACGGCGGCGUAAAUUUAAAAAGGACCAAGCACUUAGGAUCCGCCAAGAAAAACUUCAGAAGAAUCUCCACAAACUUGGAGUAGACUUGAAAGAAACAACUCUGCCUCUGGACCUACCUCUCACUGCACCAAUUUACCUUCCACUCGGUACUACUCUCGUCUUAUCAGAUAUCUCAUCGAUAAAAAUUGAGUAUUCUAACACCUGCGCUACAGUGGAACACGAUGCUUCGAGGAUUAAUUGUCGUCCAGUUAGUCCAACCAUCACAGCAGCUGCUGCAGCUGCUGCUGUCUCUGCUCUUCGCAUUGGAGAGUCUAACAUCGAGGAGCAGCACAAUAACUAUUCAGCUCCUGCUGUUUAUAGUCGCUCAGAAUCGGCGUCAUGUUCUUUGUCAGUCGCCAGCCAAACUGCUAUAGUUCCAUCCGUAGAAGAACCAAAGACAGAUUUUCAAAAUCUCACACGGUCUUUCCACUCUCAAUCUCAACCCAAACGCCCAAAUAGUUUCCUUGAACAUUUGGAAUUAAUCACAAAUGGAAAACCUGUUUGUUUGCAACCGGUCAAAAGAGUUAAUGCUGCCCCCUGUCCAGUUACAGAAACAAACCGUUUCUACUCCUCCAACUGUAGUUCAAGUGACUAAGACAUCUGCAAUACGCAUUUUCAUAAAACGACAAGAUGAACUAAUAAUAUCAUCCCCACCUAAUUCGCCAACAUUGUCGACUUCCUCGGGGCAUAAUUUUUCUUUAGUAAGCUUUCAGUCUUCCCUUCAACGUGUUAUUGCUGUGUACUUAUAUUUAAAUGUUGUUUCAUUCUUGCACGCGAUUUCAUUUACUUGAGAUUUAGACUAACCUUGAGAUAAAACAAACAGGAAAAGGAUUUUUACGGCAAAAUUGAAGCUUUUGAAGAUUAAUAACAGCACAAGUAAAAAGUAAUUAUUAUAUGUUUUGGGAUGUUCUGAACAGUUGUUUUAGUUACCAUUUGCUUCGCUGAUGGAACUAAGAAAUCAAUUGAAUAAUACAUUUGUGUGAUAAAUAAAAUAAACUUUGGUCUUGUUUUAA